CAUUCCCUCUUCAAAACACACUCAAUCCAUUCUCUUCUCUUAAAUCAAACAUCAAUUAAAAGUUUCUUGCAAUUCCAAUACUUAUAAAGUGAAUCUCACAUUCAAAUUUUUACUCUUUCAAAGCCAAUCAAGUUUCACCAUUCACUCUAAUUGGCCAAAAUUGAGCACCCAUGGCUUCAUAUGCAUCUGCAUCAACAGCGGCAGCUACUGGCAAUUGUGUUAAGCCUAAAUUUCUAGUUUCAAACUCGUCUUCAUCUCCAGACUCGAGCCCCAUUUCUUCUUCUAUACCUUUCAAAAGGCCUAGCAGAAAGUCUAACAUUUCAUGCUCUCUUCAAACUCCUUCCAUUCUUCAUUUGCCUAAACAAUCACCAACAUAUCCUCCAUCACCAUCUCCAGCUUCUAGUCCAACCUCAAAACACCCCAAAAACAUUUCUUCAACUGAGAAAACACAAUCCCAACAAUGGAAUCCUUUUCAAAGAGCUGCAGCUAUGGCUUUAGAUGUGGUAGAGAAUGCUUUGGUCUCCCAUGAGCGUCAACAUCCUCUACCUAAAACAGCUGACCCCAGAGUCCAAAUCUCGGGCAACUUUGCUCCAGUACCAGAGCAACCAGUCAAGCAUAGGCUUCCUGUUACUGGAAUAAUCCCAGAAUGCAUACAAGGAGUCUACGUUCGAAACGGAGCCAACCCACUUCACGAACCGGUCGCCGGACACCAUUUCUUUGAUGGGGAUGGGAUGGUUCAUGCAGUUCAGUUCAAAAAUGGUUCUGCUAGCUAUGCUUGUAGGUUCACUGAAACAAACCGUCUGGUCCAAGAACGAGCUUUGGGGCGUCCAGUUUUCCCCAAGGCAAUAGGUGAACUCCAUGGUCACUCUGGCAUAGCUAGACUGUUACUUUUCUAUGCUCGUGGCUUGUUUGGGCUGGUUGAUCAUAGCCAUGGUACUGGAGUUGCUAACGCUGGAGUUGUUUACUUUAACGGUCAUCUCCUUGCUAUGUCUGAAGAUGAUUUGCCUUACCAUGUUCGUAUCACUCCAUCUGGGGACUUGAAAACCGUUGGCAGAUAUGAUUUCAAUUGUCAGUUAAAGUCUACAAUGAUUGCUCACCCCAAAGUUGACCCUGAAACGGGUGAAUUCUUUGCUCUUAGCUAUGAUGUCAUUCAAAAACCGUAUCUUAAGUACUUUCGUUUUUCACCGGAUGGUAAGAAAUCGCCUGAUGUUGAAAUUCCAAUCGAUGGUCCAACAAUGAUGCACGAUUUUGCAAUCACAGAAAAUUUUGUGGUGAUUCCUGACCAGCAAGUCGUUUUCAAAUUGCCUGAAAUGAUUCAUGGUGGUUCACCAGUUGUCUAUGACAAGAACAAGAUUUCAAGGUUUGGGAUAUUGGACAAGAAUGCCACUGAUGCUUCUGGGAUUAGGUGGAUUGAAGCACCUGAUUGCUUCUGUUUUCAUCUUUGGAAUGCUUGGGAGGAGCCAGAGACUGAUGAAGUUGUGGUAAUUGGCUCCUGCAUGACACCCCCAGAUUCCAUUUUCAAUGAAUGUGAUGAGAGUCUCAAGAGUGUUCUGUCUGAAAUUAGAUUGAAUUUGAAGACUGGCAAGUCAACGCGCCGUCCCAUCAUUUCAGAAUCUGAACAAGUGAACUUGGAGGCAGGGAUGGUGAACAGGAAUUUACUGGGAAGAAAAACUCGGUUCGCAUAUUUAGCUCUUGCUGAGCCUUGGCCUAAAGUGUCAGGAUUUGCCAAAGUUGACCUUUCAACAGGAGAAGUUAAAAAAUAUAUCUAUGGAGACCAAAGGUAUGGUGGUGAGCCUUUGUUCUUUCCUCGAAACCCCAAUUCGAAGAAAGAAGAUGAGGGCUAUGUUUUGGCUUUUGUUCACGACGAGAAGACCUCGAAAUCAGAACUGCAGAUUGUGAAUGCUAUGAAUUUACAGCUAGAAGCCACAGUGAAGCUCCCAUCUCGAGUUCCAUAUGGUUUUCAUGGAACAUUCAUAAGCUCCAAGGACUUGGAAAAGCAGGCCUGAUUCAGCUUGAACAGCCUUGUUAUCAUCAAGUUUUUUAGAUGGUUUAACAGGUUAGGGGGAGAGAUUUACUGGAGGGACUUUUGCAUAUAUUGUGCCCGGAAUCUCUUCCUCUGCUUCACAGCUUGGCAACCCUGUUUUUGGGCUAUUCCUAGGCUUUUAACUUUUUGGUUAUUUUAAAGUGGAAGGUUUUGAUAGACCAGCUUGUAGCUUUGGGGUAUAGGUAGUGUUGAAGCUCAGCUGGCUUCUGCUUAUUCUUUCACCUAUGUGCAUGAAACAGUACAUAAAUUACAAGAACAUAUGUAGUGUGUAUUUCUCUGUUUAUCCCUGUAAUUCUCUGUUUUGUUGUAAUUACUUAAAAUUUUCAGCACAUAUAUAAAAAUAGCAGUAUCUUUUCUCCAA